ACCAAAUCAGACAACGAAAAGUCAACGAUUUUAUUGGAUCUUCUUCACUUAUGCUAUUAAAAACGGUCUUGUAGUUAACUGUGAAUGGUUGCAAGAAGAUCAACAACACGAAUCAGAUACUGUCGAACUGUUGACUUUAGACACACAGAGAUGGAGAUGGAGUUUAAGGAGUUAAAAGAAGCAAUAGAGAAGAUAGAGCUCGUUGAUGCUCACGCACACAACAUUGUCUCUCUUGAUUCGUCUUUUCCGUUCAUCGGAACUUUCUCUGAGGCUUCCGGCGAAGCUUUAACCUUCGCUCCUCAUUCUCUCUCUUUCAAGAGGAACUUGAGGGAGAUUGCUCAACUUUAUGGCACUGAAGUAUCUUUAGAAGCGAUUGAGGAACAUCGUAAAACCUCGGGUUUGGAUUCUUUUACUUCCAAGUGUUUUAAAGAAGCUCGAAUCUCUGCUCUUCUCAUUGAUGAUGGAUUGAAGCUAGACAAGAAACAUGACAUUGAAUGGCAUAGAAACUUUGUUCCAUUUGUCGGUCGAGUCUUGCGUAUCGAAACUCUUGCCGAGCAAAUCCUUGACGAGGAUAGUCAUGAUGCAUCUUCUUGGAAAUUGGAUUCUUUCACUAAAACCUUUUGUUGGUUAACCUUGACUACUUCGAUCACGCUUGUUCCAGAGAUUGUUGCUUUGAAAACUAUUGCUGCUUAUCGUAGCGGUUUGGAUAUUGAUACUUUUGUGAGUAAAGAAGUUGCUGAGAAUGGCCUCGUUGAAGUCUUGCGAGCUGGAAGCCCUGUCCGUAUAGGAAACAAAGGCUUGAUUGAUUACAUCGUUACCAUCAGUUUGGAGGUCGCUGUGCGUUGUGACUUGCCCUUGCAGAUUCACACCGGUUUUGGUGACAGGGAUCUGGAUUUGAGGUUGUCAAAUCCUCUUCACCUUAGAACCCUUCUUGAAGACAAAAGAUUUGCAAAAUGUCGUAUAGUUCUUCUUCAUGCAUCUUAUCCAUUCUCAAAAGAAGCAUCCUUUCUGUCUUCAGUUUAUCCUCAGGUUUACCUUGAUUUCGGAUUGGCGGUUCCAAAGCUUAGUGUCCAUGGUAUGGUUUCUUCAGUUAAAGAGCUCCUUGACUUAGCCUCAAUAAAGAAGGUUAUGUUCAGCACUGAUGGGUAUGCAUCUCCUGAGACCUACUACUUAGGUGCAAAGAAAGCACGUGAAGUCAUCUUCUUAGUUCUGAGUGAUGCUUGUGCCAGUGGUGAUCUGUCACUCAUGGAAGCUGUAGAUGCAGCUAAAGACAUUUUUUCACGAAAUUCGAUAGGAUUUUAUAAGCUUAAUGUGGACACAGAUUCUUCUGUUCCACAAAUUAGAAUAUCUCCCAAAUUAGAGAUAAAGGAGCCUGAUGUUCAAGAAGAUAGUAGUUCUUUUGUACGCAUUAUUUGGGUUGAUACAUCUGGACAACAAAGAUGCCGUGCUGUUCAAGCGCAGCGUUAUAACAGAAGUGUGAAGAAGAACGGUGUUGGUCUGACUUUUGCAUCAAUGGGGAUGACUUCAUUUACUGAUGGACCAGCAGAAGAGUCUAAAUUAACAGGUGUGGGUGAGAUUAGGCUGGUUCCAGAUCUAUCAACCAAGCAGACAAUACCGUGGACGAAGCAAGAGAGCAUGGUUUUAGCUGACAUGCAAUUGAAGCCUGGUGAAGCAUGGGAGUACUGUCCAAGAGAGACCUUAAGAAGGGUCGCAAAAGUUCUCAAAGAUGAAUUUGACUUGGUAAUGAACGCUGGUUUUGAGAAUGAGUUUUAUCUCCUCAAGAAUGUUGUGUGGGAAGGGAAAGAAGUGUAUGUGCCGUUUGAGUUUGGUCCUUACUGUUCCACAUCCUCAUUCGAUGUUGCAUCUCCGAUUUUCCACGAAAUUGUACCCGCGCUCGAGUCCUUGAACAUUGAAGUUGAACAGUUUCAUGCUGAAUCCGGGAAAGGUCAGUUUGAAGUAUCUCUCGGUCACACCGUUGCAUCCCAUGCUGCCGACAACUUGGUUUACACACGUGAAGUUAUAAGAUCGGUUGCAAGAAAACAUGGACUGCUCGCGACCUUUGUUCCAAAGUAUGAUUUUUGUGACAUAGGUUCUGGAUCACAUGUGCAUCUAAGUCUUUGGAAAAACGGCGAAAAUGUCUUCCCGGCAUCUAAUAACUCAUCUGCUCACGGAAUCUCUUCCGUUGGGGAAGAGUUCAUGGCCGGAGUUUUAUUUCACCUUCCAUCAAUCUUAGCAAUUAUAGCUCCACUCCCAAACAGCUACGACCGAAUCCAACCUAAUACAUGGAGUGGAGCAUUCCAAUGCUGGGGCAAAGAAAACCGCGAAGCGGCGUUAAGAGCAGCUUCUCCACCAGGAACUCCUGAUGGUUUAGUUACUAACUUUGAGAUUAAGUCUUUUGAUGGCUCUGCAAAUCCUCACCUUGGUUUGGCCGUUAUAAUGGCUGCUGGUAUUGAUGGUCUCCGUCGACAUCUCCAACUUCCUACUCCAAUAGAUAUAAAUCCGGCAGAUGUGGCUGCUACAUUGAACAGACUUCCUGAAACGCUCUCAGAAGCUGUUGAAGCUCUGGACAAAGACAAAGUUCUCCACGAUUUGCUUGGACAAAAGCUUUUAGUUGCCAUAAAAGGAGUCCGUAAGUCUGAGGUGGAGUAUUAUUCGAAGAAUCCAGAUUCAUAUAAGCAACUCAUUCACAGAUACUAAUCCUUUUGAGCAUUUGGAUGAUGAUUGUUAGAUCAUUUGGUUUUAUUGUGGACUUUGUGUCACAUGAAGGGUCGUAUUUGCAAAAUACUUGGGAUGUUGGUUACACUAUUUUUAGUUGGAUGCAAACCGCAAACGUGACAUAAAGAUGUGGAUCAGAAAAUUAAUAAACUAAAUUUCAUAUU